AUGUGUUUUCUGAUCAAGCAUUCAGCUCUUGGGGUGGUAUGUUCUGCUUUCAUAUUCAGCGUGCUCAUUGCUGAAGGACAGUCUGGGGAAGAGCAUGGGCAGGAUGGCAACUAUGCUCCCAGCCGAGGCUAUCUGAUGGAAGUUUUACGCGUUCUUUCAGCUGACAACACUGAGCUCCACAAGAACCACUCAAGAAAACUGGUCAAAACGAUACUGGAGAGAGCUGAGUGCCCACAGCGGAUUUAUGGCAUGCAAGAGGAUUGUAAUCUGUGCCUUGAACCGGAUGCUUUGUUACUAAUAGCUGGUGGAGAUUUAGAAGACCACCUCAGUGAAGAAGUAUUUGAGAAAAUCUCUCUUAUUCUUCUCUACUAUAUUCUUCAUCAAAGAGAUAUGUGUUCUUCAGAACUCAGCUUGAGUAGUAAGGACUAUAAAUUUUACCUACAAAGCAUGCUUAGUUUAAGGCAUGAUGAAGAUUGUUACUAUUUUUCACAGAACGAAACUGAAGAUAUUUUGGCUGCAGUAAGACAUCAUUUUAAAACUUCUGAAACUCAGUGUGUUGAUGUGAACACUCUGAAGAAAAAUGCUGAUAUAAUGGACAAAGAUGGUGCUGAUGAAAACACACUUCCACGCCUGGCUGCUUCAAUCAUUACUCUGGCUCUCCAAGGAGUCUGUAUGGGGAAAACAAGUUUACCCUCCCCAGAAUUCUUCAUAAAAUAUAUUUUCAAUUCUCUAAACAGUACCACUGAGCUCCAAGUGACAGAACUAGAUCAACUCCUAAGUGUGCUUACAGCCAGAAGGACUUGCACUGUAAAUGGACAAUUCCAUAGUCACAAAAGAAGACGUCAUAGCAAGGCAAUCAAAGAUAUUGGAACCAUAAAUAUUCCAGUCAAAGCAAACCAUACGAAUGGAGACUAUGUGAAAGGUUAUCUAGAAGAUCGUGAAAGGAACAGAGAUUGGAAUCAGGCUUGUUUCUCUGCCAAUGAACUCGUGAAGAUAUUUUUAAAAACUAGUCCUUCAUCCAUUUCUAAGGAGCACUUCAAGCAAAUCAGUCCGGCAAUCAUUCAGCAACUAUUAAGUUGUUCAUGUCAACCUUCUGAAUACAAGCAAACAAAGCUUCCACCAACAACUUUGGAAAAAUAUGGCUACAGCACUGUUGCUGUUUUACUUAUUACUAUUGGAUCUAUGUUUGGUACAACUCUCAUUUUAUUUAACUCCUGUCAAGAAAUCUAUACACUCAUUUUACAACUGUUUGUGGGUUUGGCUGUUGGGACCCUCUCUGGAGAUGCACUGCUACAUCUUAUUCCGCAGACUCUCGGUUUACAUAAACAUGAAGCACAAGAGGUAGAACAUUUCUAUGAAGGGAAAGAAUAUAUUUGGAAGCUUUUGGGAAUAGUUGGAGGAAUUCAUGGAUUUUUUCUGAUAGAAAAGUGUUUCUUUCUUUUGGUAACACCACGUGACGAGCAGGGCCUUUCUUUAGUUAAUGGGCACUGGAGACAUUCCCAUGAUCUUCCAGUGGAAUCUGAAAUAAAUGAACAUUCAGGCAGAGGCAAAUCUACUUCAGCCAUACAGUUGAGAAGCCCAGAAGAUUCUGAAUCUGCUGAAGUUCCUCCAGACAAUAAGACGAUCAACAAAAAGAGUAAGAAAAUGAGCUUGUUAGCAAUAAUGGUUCUGGUGGGUGAUGGUCUUCACAAUUUUGCUGAUGGCUUGGUAAUAGGAGCAGCGUUUUCAUCCUCAACAGAAACAGGUGUGACAACGACUGUUGCUAUUUUAUGCCAUGAAAUUCCUCAUGAAAUGGGAGAUUUUGCUGUGCUGCUAAGUACAGGACUUCCCACGAAGACUGCAGUUUUGAUGAAUUUUAUAAGUGCACUAACAGCCUUCUUAGGGCUUUAUAUUGGCCUUUCUGUAUCAGCUGACCCAUGCAUUCAAAACUGGAUUUUUACUGUUACAGCUGGAAUGUUCUUGUACUUAUCUUUAGCAGAAAUGCUUCCUGAAAUGACUCAUGUUCAGACACGGCGACCCUGGUUGAUGUUUCUCCUACAGAACCUUGGAUUACUAUUAGGUUGGCUUUGCCUGUUACUUUUGGCUAUAUAUGAACAGAAAAUUAAAAUAUAA